AUACUGACCGUCAGCUUCUAUACCAAGUCUACAUAUUCGUUGAUAUAUUAUACACCGAAUGGUUCUGAUGGAGUAGGGUAGGGGUAAAAGAGACAGAAAGUGGGAGACAGGUUGGCUUACAAGUUUUUUCUCGGUUUUGUGUUUUGCCUCACGAGGCCGUCCCGCCGCCGUGCCGUACGUGCGGCGAAUCAAGUGCACUGACGCGUUGUAAAUAAUCGCUGUUUUUUUGUUUCUCUUUUUUGCACUGCUUAGAUUGAUUCGAAAAAGUCCCUCGAAAAGGGCAGGACCAAACGUGAGGAUCGAGUUUUUGCGCUUUUACCCAUUUAAUUUAGGAUUUUAAUUUAAACUUUUGAGUCAUUCCAAAAGUGAAUUUACAAUGGCAGAAGAAGAAGAAGAAAAGGAGUAUCGGUGGGAGACUGGUUACGAAAAAACAUGGGAGGCAAUCAAAGAAGACGAUCAUGGAAUGUUGGAGGCUUCUGUAGCAGACAUCAUCCACAAAGCUAAACGAAAACGACAAUUAGACAGAAAAGAAGGUUCCCGUUUGGGAAUGAUGAGGCACCUGUACAUUAUUCUUGAUUGUUCUGAAUCCAUGACUAAUCAAGAUUUAAAGCCAACUCGUUUCCUAUGUGCUCUAAAGCUUUUAGAAGAUUUUAUUGAUGAAUUCUUUUAUCAAAAUCCCAUCAGCCAAUUAGGUAUCAUAAUUACAAGAAAUAAAAGAGCUGAGAAAAUCACAGAUCUCACUGGAAACCCAAAGAAGCCUCUACAAGACUUGAAAAAUUUACAACAAACAUCAUUCACCGGAGAACCUUCAUUACAAAAUUCACUAGAGCUUGCUGCAAAAACCUUAAAGAUGUUGCCAUCCCAUGCAAGUAAAGAAAUAUUAUUAAUUAUGGGUUCACUUACAACUUGUGAUCCUGGAGAUAUUGGGGAAACAAUACAAAGUUUGAAAUCUGAUGGAGUUCGAUGUAGUGUCAUUGGUUUAGCUGCUGAAUUAAACAUUUGUAAAAUAAUGGCUGUAAAUACUGGUGGUGAACAUGGAGUUGUAUUAGAUGAUAAGCAUUUCAAAGAAAAAUUAACAGCACAUGUUGAUCCUCCACCAGCUGCAACAAGAUUAGAUGCAGCUCUAGUCAAAAUGGGUUUUCCCCAUCACGCAUUACAAGCUUCUACAACCGAGUUAUCUAUGGCUGUAUGUAUGUGUCAUGCAGAUAAGCCAGAUGAAAGUUCAAGGUUUACAAAUCCAGGAUACCUAUGCCCUCAAUGCCUUAGCAAACACUGUGAAUUACCCGUGGAAUGUAGAGGUUGUGGCCUUACUCUCGUGUCAGCGCCUCAUUUAGCUCGAUCAUAUCAUUAUUUAUUCCCAAUAAAACAUUUCAAAGAAGAGCAAUAUGAAGGAGAUCCAGCCAGUUGUUAUGCUUGUCAAAAGACUUUUGUAGAAUUGGAUAAAAAGGUAUAUGUCUGUGAAAAAUGUAAACAAACAUUUUGCUUGGAUUGUGAAAUUUUUAUUCACGAAUCCUUGCACACGUGUCCAGGUUGCGCAACAAAUCCAGAGAUUAUGUUCAAAUCAACGAAAAACAGUAAUAAUUCAGCUUAGUUCCAAUGAAUCCCCGUCAGGUUCGAAUUUAACCGCAUACUUCUUUUUGCGAAGUACAAAUUUAGAUUAUAAGUUCGUUUAAUCGUGAACGGUCCUGAACCUUCAGGAAUUGUGCAUGUAAUUAUUUAAAUUCAUAGACUAAGAUUUUACAACGAUCUUGAGACUUAUUGAGAUAUGCACAGACACAGAUAUUCGCUUGAUGCGAAGUGUACAAAACGGCAUUUUGGAUUUUCAUAAAAUAAGUACAUUUUUAUACGCGCUGUGAUUUCCUGAAAGCUGCAAUAGUAAGAUUUUUUACCUUUGCAAAGUUUAAAAUAUAUCACGGACCUAUCAAGCCACAAUGUAUAGAUCAUAAAAAUUGAAGGAAAUAUCAAACGUUUGAUUCUGCAGUUUGAUACUGCUGAAACCCAAGCUUCGCAGUAACAUGCGGUUUAUAUAUUUCUGAGAAAAUUAUUAUAAAAUUCUUGUAAACAAUGAAAUGGUAAUAAAAUCUCUUUACGACCAUUGGAA